AAUCAAUUUAAAUUUAUUAUUUUUUGUUACAUGGAAAGUCACAAAGCUUUCCCAAAAGAGCAAUGAGGCUUUGAUGUUUAUAUAGUCAUCUCUCUCUCUUUUUUUUUUGCUAUUUAAAUAUUUAAUGCGUACACAUUACUGAACCAUACACAGAGCACAGAUUUCUACAUUUUUCUUCUUAAGAAUUCUGCUGUAACGGACUACAUUUCUUUUUUCUUUUUUCCUCUUUUCUUUCUUUCUUUUUUUUUAAAUUUACACAUCAACUGUAUGACGUUUAGGGUCUUCUCACACAAAAUAAAUCAACGGGAAGAGCUAGCACGCAGACUCUCACCAUCCAUUGCUGGGAGCUCAACUUGCCAGGCUGGGGCCCCUGAGGGUCGAGGGUCAGGUGGAUAGGUGCUCGGCUCCGAGCUGCCCACCGGAAGGUGAUGAGAAGCAGCGUUGACGCCUUGAGGUGAACAUUUGGUAAUGUCCAGUGUUUAACAAUGUGGAAGUCAAAUGAUACCUUUUUUCCUUUGGAUAAUUUAUUUUCAGAAAGACCCAAUGAAGCUGAAGACUCUCCAGACAAUGAAAAAUCAUUAGACUGGUUUCUACCACCUGCUCCAUUGAUUUCAGAAAUUCCAGAUAUGCAGGUGUUAGAGGAAGAAAUAGAGGCUCAUCAUAAACUGUUAGGUCAGGAUAUGAGGCCAACAGUUUUAACAGAAAAUGUAAAGCUAACUAACGAAGAAACAGAUUCUAUUUUGCCAGCACAAAGAUUCCAAUUUUCCUUUCCCUCUAUUAAAGAAAAGAAUCUAAAACCAGAAGGGUCAGGUAGCAAUGAUUUGCCAAAUAUUGCUGUCAAGAUGAUGCAUGGUUCUUCUCAGACAUACAAAAAUCACAUCGACACUAUGCUAGCACAUGAAAAAAAUGUUUCAGAGCACACACAAUUGGUUAAUUUUGCAGAAGAUAAUGGAGAGAGCACAUCAUCCUUUCGAAAAAGAUUAUUUAAAAUACCUGACAGUGUAGGUAGGUAUGCUUAUUCUAAUGAAAGAACAAACUUGGGAUCUGACAUUUCCUCAGCGAAAACUUUCCAAACAGAAAUGAACAAAGGAGAAUCAUGGAAGUGUAGCAAUAGUAAGCAGAAACCUCAACAUUUGAACAAUAAUAUGUUUAUAGCAAGUGGUAUUACUUCUAAAAUUGGAAAUGAUAUAUCCAAAGCAUCACUUUCAAAUGCAUCUCAGCAUCAUGAAGUUCCAGGAUUAAUAGAAAAUGGUUUAGAUUCCUUGAAGGCUGUUACAGAAAUUCCAGCAAAAUUUAGAUGUAUUUUCAAAGAAUUCCCAUACUUCAACUAUAUACAGUCCAAAGCCUUUGACGAUCUUCUUUACACAGAUAAGAAUUUUGUGAUUUGUGCUCCAACUGGUUCUGGGAAAACUGUAAUCUUUGAACUAGCUAUAACGAGAUUGUUAAUAGAAGUACCAUUGCCAUGGUCAAAUAUUAAAAUUGUUUACAUGGCACCAAUAAAAGCCUUAUGUAGUCAGCGUUUUGAUGACUGGAAUAAAAAAUUUGGACCUCUAGGACUGAAUUGUAAAGAACUCACUGGAGAUACAGCAAUGGAUGACCUAUUUGAAAUUCAGCAUGCCUACAUUAUUAUGACAACCCCAGAAAAAUGGGAUAGCAUGACUAGGAAAUGGAGAGACAACUCUUUGAUCCAACUAGUUCGACUGUUUCUCAUUGAUGAGGUACAUGUUAUAAAAGACGAAUAUCGAGGUCCAACUCUUGAAGUUGUGGUCAGCAGAAUGAAAACUGUAAAGUCUUUAUCACAUACUUCAGAAAAUACCAGCAUUCUUGCUCCAAUGAGAUUUGUAGCUAUAUCUGCAACAGUUCCAAAUGCUGAGGAUAUUGCAGAAUGGCUUUCAGAUGGUGAAAGACCAGCUGUGUGUUUAAAAAUGGAUGAAAGCCAUAGACCAGUGAAACUUCGCAAAGUAGUCCUUGGAUUUCCUUGCAGUGAUAAUCAAACUGAAUUUAAGUUUGACUUAACACUCAACUACAAAAUUGCCAGUGUUAUACAAACAUAUUCUGAUCAGAAGCCCACACUUGUGUUUUGUGCAACAAGAAAAGGUGUACAACAAGCUGCUUCUGUUCUCAUAAAAGAUGCUAAAUUUAUUAUGACUGUGGAACAGAAACAAAGGUUACAGAAGUGUGCAAACUCCAUAAGAGAUUCAAAACUGAGAGAUAUUUUUAUAUAUGGUGUUGCUUAUCAUCAUGCUGGUAUGGAACUGUCAGAUAGAAAAGUAGUGGAAGGAGCUUUUACUGCUGGAGAUCUACCAGUUCUUUUUACUACUAGUACUUUAGCAAUGGGAGUAAAUUUGCCUGCUCAUCUAGUAAUUAUAAAAUCCACAAUGCAUUAUGCUGGAGGCAUGUUUGAAGAAUACAGUGAAACAGAUGUUCUACAGAUGAUUGGUAGAGCUGGUCGACCUCAAUUUGACACUACAGCUACUGCAGUUAUUAUGACUCGGUUAAGUACAAGAGAGAAGUACAUUCAGAUGUUAGCUUGCAAUGACACUGUAGAAAGCAGUUUGCACAGGCAUCUUAUUGAACAUUUAAAUGCAGAGAUAGUAUUACACACCAUCACAGAUGUGAACAUUGCUUUGGAGUGGAUACGAUCAACCUUACUUUAUAUAAGAGCCUUGAAAAAUCCAUCUCAUUAUGGUUUUGCAUCUGGAUUGAGCAAAGAUGGAAUUGAAGCAAAAUUACAAGAAUUAUGUUUGAAGAAUCUGAAUGAUUUAUCAUCUCUCGAUUUGAUAAAGAUGGAUGAAGAUGUUAAUUUCAAACCAACUGAGGCAGGAAGAUUGAUGGCUUGGUAUUAUAUCACAUUUGAAACAGUGAAGAAAUUUUGUGCAAUAAGUGGAAAGGAAACUUUAUCAGAUCUGGUCACAAUGAUAUCCAGCUGCAAGGAAUUUUUAGAUGUACAGUUAAGGAUAAAUGAAAAGAAAACACUGAAUACUUUGAACAGAGAUCCAAAUCGAAUUACUAUCAGAUUUCCAAUGGAAGGAAGAAUUAAAACAAGAGAAAUGAAAGUAAAUUGUCUUAUUCAGGCUCAAUUAGGAUGCAUUCCUGUACAAGAUUUUACACUGACACAAGAUACCUCGAAAAUUUUCAGAAGUGGCUCACGAAUUACAAGAUGGUUGUCAGAUUUUGUGGCCGCCCAAGAAAAGGAGUUUUCUGUACUGUUGAACAGUUUGAUUUUAGCUAAAUGUUUCAGAUCUAAACUUUGGGAAAACUCUCUACAUGUUUCCAAACAGCUGGAAAAAAUUGGUAUAACAUUAUCAAAUGCAAUGGUUAAUGCUGGUUUGACUUCUUUUAAAAAAAUAGAAGAAACUGAUGCAAGGGAACUUGAACUGAUUCUAAAUAGACAUCCUCCAUUUGGAACUCAGAUUAAAGAAACUGUGAUGUAUCUACCAAAAUACAACAUUGAAGUGGAACAGAUUGGAAGAUAUACUGAUACUAUGGCAGAAAUAGUAGUAACUGUAAUGCUGAAAAACUUUGAACAACUGCAAUCCAGAAGAACAGCACCAGAUUCUCACCAUGUUACCUUAAUAAUAGGUGAUGCAGAUAAUCAACUGGUUUUUAAGCACAAAAUUAUGGAUUCAGCUUUGCUAAAAACUGGAAACUGGGCCAAAAAGAUUGAUGUGAAGAGAGCUCUUAAAUCUGAAGAUCUUAGUAUAAAUCUAAUUAGUUCUGAAUAUGUUGGACUUGAUAUUCAGCAGAAAUUUAAAGUUUUUUACUUAGUGCCUGAAAAGUUUGGAAAUCAAAUAAUUAUGCAGAAAAAAUCAGAAACAGAGACUUCCCAUUCUAAACCUUCAAACAGACCUAAUGUGACAGGAUCCAAUAAAGGAAUAGCUACAUCCAAAAAACCUGGAAACCGAGAAUGUAAUCAUCACUGUAAAAAUAAACAGGCAUGUGGACAUGACUGCUGUAAAACUGGUGUUGCACAGAAGUCAGAAAUUAAAGAUCCAACAAUUUCUUCAUAUUUAUCUGAUUUAAGAAACAGGAAUACUAUUUCAUCUCUUCCUCCAGCUAAACGCCUCAGGAUGCAGAUGAAUAAAUCCCAAAGUGUGGACCUUAAAGAGUUUAGUUUUACUCAAAAACCUUCUCUUCCCAGUGUAUCAAGUUCAAAAUAUUUAAACAUACCUGAAUUGCAUAUAAUGAAGCAGAGGGAUCAGCCAGAAAUCUGUGUAGAAGUUCAACAACAAACGCCAUCCAAAUAUCAGUACAAAGAUAUUUCUAGAUCGAACUGUUCUGCAACUUCAAGUGAGAAACCCCCUCAGAAAAUGAUGUUCAACAGAAAUCUUAAUGCAUCUGGAAAUCAGAAUUUGAUAGGUGCAGAUAAAAGUAGCUAUCCAUUUUCAGAAGUUUUGAAUGUAAACUUUGAAUUGGGAAAUGAAGUUUGGGAUGACUUUGAUGAUGAAAACUUAGUAGAAGUUACAGACUGUUCAGCUGAUACUGAAAAGAUAAAAACAUCAGGAUUUGGAACCACUUUGAGUUCAAAUGCUAGAGGAAGUAAGAGAUCCUUCCAAGAGUCAAAGUGCAAAUUCCAACGAGAAAUGUCAAACAGUUUUGCUUCAUCACAUGAAGAACCAGAUAUUUAUUUAUCAAACUCUGCUAUGUCCAAGUUUGGUGCAUGUUCCAUGAUAAAAAUACCUCAACACACUGAAAAUGUCCAUUUACAAGAAAGAAGACAACAACAAAAUCUGUCGCCAGAGAUCAAAAGACUGUGCUUCACUCACUCUGAAAAACUAACAAAUUCUUCAAAAAGUUUUAAGAAUGUGGAUUUCUUUAUUAGUAAUAAUGAAUAUAAAAAGGAGAUUGAUUUUAGUAGGUAUCAUCCCGAUGAUGAAGCUGACGAAAUAAAGUCUUUUCUGGGAAUAUUUGAUGAUAUCUUCUAGGACAAAUUUUAAAAAAUGCUUUUUUAUAUUGAUAAUGCAAAACAUAAAGACAUACAAAGCAUGCUUUUGAUUUCUAAAGGUAGUUCAUAACAACGGAUUUUUUUUUCUCAUGGAUUUGACCAGUUUUGUGACUUACUUUGCAACAUAAUGUCUAGGCUGAUUUAUUUUUCCAUUAUAUUAAUAACUGUGAAAAUCAUAGUACUUUGUUUCAGUGAACUGGGAAUUAAGUUUCAUUUAGAUAUAAUAACUUGCCUAUUACUUUAAUUUUUGCAGUUACCAAUUUAAAAUUUCAUUUUUGUGCUUUAUUAACAAAAAGGAAGGUAUUCUGUGAAAAUAAAAUAUUGCAGGUCAAUAAAUCUGCUUAUUGUAUGGAUUAUUCAACAAUAUUAUUUAACUAAAUAUUUUCAAGAAUUCAGUAGCCAAAUAAAUCUAUUGUUAAAUUAUUUACAGUAAUAAUAAAUGAAAUAUUAAUCAAUAUA